AUGACGAACUCUCGCAGCCAGGCACUUGAGGCCACUAGGCCGACGGACGUCCCUGCGAUCACGACCAGCAAGCCAGAUCAGGGCAAGAAGAAACGCAGCCUCUUUGGUCUCGUCAGGAAGAAGACGGACGACAAGUCGGCUGCUGAAAUGCCAACCAUCUCGGCAGCGGACACGCAACCGGCAGUUCGGCGGGAACCUUCACAGGUAUCAUCUACCACCCGGUCGGCUACCUCGCCUAAUCGCACUGACUCCUUCCCCAUUCCCCCCGCCUCACCUAACCGAGCCCUGUCGACAUCACCGCGCAUCUCGUCACCUGCACGCUCGCAAAUAUUUGAGCGCGAUGUCCAGGACAACAACCCGGCCACCCAGCCCGCUUCCCCCGCGAUUCCGACGCACAUCCAAACCGAAGACCACAUUCCACCCGUGCUGGGCGAUGCGUCUGAGGCCAUCACGAACAGCAAGUUGGACCCCGAUGCCAUCGAAAUUGUCACGCAGAGGUUCCACCAGCCAGCGAGCGUCACAGUCAACGGCACGGGCACGGCUCCCUCGACCGUGGGCUCGCAGUACGAUGACCAGCAGUCAGCUGCUGAGUGGGCCAAGGAGCUGUCGUCAUUUGCUGCCAACCGUGAGUCAGCCGCGGCUCUCGACAGCGCCUCCAACUACGGGUCUCUCGACUCGGCCGACGUGCGCCGCCUGUCUUUCAUCUCGUUUGCCGACGUGGUACAAUCGGAGCAGGGCAGUAGCGGCAUGGCCCCUCUGGGCUCUGCCUCGCGUGAAAGCAUGCAUUUAGCCGGUCUGACCUCGCUGCCUCCGUCGGGUCUCAACCGUUCACCGUCACCGAUCCGGUCGCCCGUCUCGAGUCAGGGACCAGGCACCAGCCCGCCCACGAGCAACCCCGGCAGCAUAAAGGGGCUGGACUUGAGCCCCCCGCGUAAGCCCGCCGGCAGCUCGGCGAGCGUCAGCCAGAGCCUGGGCGUCAGCACCUUGACGCAGUCAGGCGAGCUCAGCAUCGAGACCAUGAGCCAGGCCCUAAGGCGGACGGGCAGCCGGGAUCUCAGCAAUGUCAGGAGCAUCCCCACCAGUCCCCUCGACGGACCUGGCUCACGGUAG